UAUCCAUACUUUUAUGUCCUAAGGGCCAAAGGUGCCAUUUUGUUGUGGAGAUCACACACACUUACACAAACAUUUUUAUAACUUUUUUCUUUUCUUUUUUUCUUUUCUUUUUUUUCUUUUCUUUUUUUUUUCUUUUUUUCUUUUUUCUUUCUACAAAAUUGAAACUUACAUAACCUAAAAUAAAUUGAUUUAGUAUAAUAAUUUCCAUUAGAACAUACAUUUCUAUUUAUGAUAUUUCAUAUUAUUUCAUUUAUAAAUAAUUUUUAAACUUAUAAAUUAUAAAUUAUUAUUAUUGUUGUUAUUAUUAUGUUAAAAAUAUUUAAUAUUUUUAUAUUAAUUAUUUUCUAAAUUUAUUUUAAAUAAUAUUAAUUCAUUUUUUUAUUUUUACUAUUGUUGAUUAUAGACAUAUUUUCUACAAUUUUCAUUUUUCAUUUUAAUUAAAAUCCGUAAGAGUUAGUCACCUAAUUUGAAUGAAUAAGGUGCAAUAAGAUGACAAGGUAAGUUAAUACACACCCCACAACCAUCUUUGGCUCUCUGUAUUUUGCAAUUUGAUUUCUUCCUUUUUUUCUUUUCUUUUUUUUUUUUUUUUUUUAAUAUAUUAAGAAUCUAUCUCAUUUUUAUGAAAUUGUUUCAUCGUACAUAAAACAUAUUUAGAUAAAAUAUCAAUUUUUUUUAUGAAUGUUUAUUUUAUAAAACAAAUUGCAAAAUAUUUGAAUAUUCCUUCAUGUGAUAGCAUGUAUUUAGAGUUCCUUUUAAUAAGAAUUAUAUAAGCAUAAAUAUUGAGAUUACAUACAAUGUUUUCAUGAAUCAAUUUCAUUACAAUUUUCUUAUUUAAAUGAACUCUAUUCUAGUUAUUAUUGAUACAUGUACAAUAAAUGAACAGAGGGAUUUUACUAAUUACAUAUUAAUGUUAUUAACACUUUUAUCAGUAUUUUUUGUGUGUACGUAAUUGAAUCAGUUGUUUUAUUGCACUUGAUGCAUAAUGUAUAGGUAUUUAAUCCCUCUGUUCAAUUGAGAACCAGAUGUUUACAUGUUGUCAGUAUCAAUAUCCCACGCUUACGUGAAGGCACAAAAUGCCGCACACGGCCGACAAUAGGCCGACCAAAAAUCACAAACUAAUAUUUCGUAAGUUAACGUCACGAUAUGAUAGAUGCUUGGUGUAUUUAAAAAAUAUCACCAAGCUAUGUUAUAAUUCGUAAAAAGAGAAAAAAAAAUUCAAAUACCGUUUCUUGUCGUCUUCGUGCUUUCCAAUGCCUACGCUUUUACAUUAUUGUCAGGACUACAUAAUUAAUAUAUCGGCUAGUCUGUAAGUGCUAUCAUUCUGUUAAUUGCGCACACAACUCGCUGAUAAACUAUGUGGUAUUGUUGCCACGAGUUCGGUUUCAAUCAAUAACAUUUACGGAUAUGGCAUCUUUAUUAGAUGUCACUUUAAAAUAAUCGAGUGUUUUACGAUAAAAAAGAAAGUUCAUUUAAAAAAUGAAAGAGAAAUCAAAACAACUAGAGUAAUGAUUGUAUCAAGAUGUGAUGAAGAAUUGAAGAAUAAUCAUCGCAUGAGAAACAUGAAGAGGAUCUCAGGCAUAUUAUUUAAGGCGAGUAUCAGUUUUUGCAUAUUUUGAAACUUUUGUUUUUUAUCUAAUAGUUUAUAAGUAUGAUAUAUAUAUCGAAUGAAAUUUAUUAUAUAUUAUAUAUAUGUAUAUGUGUAUAUAUAUGUGUAUAUAUAUAUAUAUACAUACACACACGCGCGCGAUAUUACCAAAGAAUUUCGUGAUUUUAUUCUUUGGAAUUAUUAGCGCUCGUUUCAGCAUAAGUUUUUCUAAGCUGAAAAUUCGAUGCGCUUUAAUCAUACGUAUAUUUUAAAUGCGCUGCAUUAAAUUGCGCGAAUUAUUUUAUUCGGUUAAAAAAAAGCAGUCAAAAUAUUUUAUAAAAUUAAUUUACAUUUUUCGACGCUUUCACAAAAUCAGGCUGCGUUUACGCGCCAAUUAAAAAAUAAUUUUCUGCAAUUCAUUUUGUAUAUUUUCUUCUUUUACGCAGUACAUUUGCAUCGGUAUAUAAAAAAUUAAUAUGGAUGCAUUAUAAUUGUACUUGCGUAAUUUUUAUCACGAUUGCGAGUAAUGAUGGAAAAAAGUGAUUAUAAACUUUGAAAUAUUUUUUGUUUCCAUUUGCAAAUUGUUACAGUGUGUUUAUCAUAUUUCUGUUUACAUGAUAACGUAAAUGGACUUUCAAGUUAAGAAUGUUGAAUACAAGAAAAAUGUGAUGGAAGAAGACAAGAAGAGACUAUGUGGAUAUUGGAUAUCGGUUCAAAGGGAAGGAAGCGAGACGUUCGGCGGAUUAUCGGGGAUGCUACGUCAAAUACUUUCGCCAUCGCCCGAGACGGGAGAUACCUGUUUACCCGUCACUUGUACUUUGCUUCAGAACAACACUAUGUUCUCCAAUCAAUCGUCGAUGAUGUCCUCAACGUAUCAAACCGUCCCAUCCCACUUGCCAUCCAUUUGUUCCGAUCAGAUUCUCAUGGAUCACGUGCAGAUAGUCACCGAAUCCCAUCCGUGUUCCACGUGUGGCCUUGAGUUUCGAAGCGCUCUGAAACUGAAUUACCACAUAAGAACCAGUCAUUCGGCCUUGCCGGAGUUCGAGCACAACAUAGAGAAUCCGAUGAGAUACUCGUGCACCAUUUGUUCCCGGAGUUUCUUUGCUCUGAGUCAUUUGAGGAUGCACGAGGUCACGCAUUCCGCGCCACCGGCAACCUCCUGCGCACCGAUACCAACGAUAUCUACAUCGGUGAACGUCGACAAGACGUUCGCCUGCGAUCGUUGCCAAGCCAGUUUCCGGUAUCGUACACUAUUCGAGCGGCACAGGAGGAUGCACGAGGUUGGCCAGGAGAAGCCUUACUCCUGCCCUAGAUGUUUGAUGCGCUUCGAGACCCGAAAUUUGUACAAUCAUCAUGCGAAAACUCACAAGCCGGGCAACGAUAAUAGGAUAACCGACACCGUAGUAGUGUCUUCCGGUGAUCCGGUCACUAGCAGUAUUAGCGGUACCAUUGCGUCGGCCAACAAAUCGGUACUCUCGUACCCGUGUGACUCGUGCUCCAAGCAGUUCGCGAGCAUCGAAUCAUUGACUACCCAUAAGGCUGUACAUAGGUCCAGACCGCUCGUGUGCGACGUCUGCGGCAAAGGUUUUACACACCGCAAGUACUACGUGGUGCAUCAACGUAUUCAUACGGGAGAGAGGCCGUAUCUUUGUGCCAUGUGUGGGAAGUCGUUCACUCAAGCAUCCACGCUUACCGUCCAUCGCCGAUAUCACACGGGAGAACGUCCUUAUACGUGCACGUUGUGCGGUAAAGGAUUCGUUACCAGAACCAUCAUGCUGAAUCAUAUGAAAAAGCAUUGAAUCGAAUCGUUAUCGUUGGUUCGAUAAGAAAAAAUACUCAUCGAUUCGGAUUCUUUUUUUCUUUUUUUUUUUUCUUUAUAAAAGUUCAGUGAAUUUUUUUCUUAUUUUUAUCUUCUUUUUUCCUUUUAACUUGUCGUUUAUUAUCUGUUGGUUAAAGUUCAUCUUGUUGAUGAUAGCGCGGAAACUUGUAUUCGUUUCUAGUCGAUAGAAAUAGAAAUUUUAUUUCUCUCUCUCUUUCUUUCUUUCUUUCUUUCUCUGUUUUAAAGAUAUUUUUCUUUAUGAAAUUUUUCUUUUCUUCGAUAUGAUUUGUUUGUAGAAAAAUCACUCGCAAAGUGCCUCAAACUUGCUUAUACAAAUAUAGAUGAUUAUUAUUAAAUUAUUGUGCAUACUACGAAUUAUCUCGUCAGAAAUAUCGCGAGAUUCAACGAUAGUAAUUUAUUGCAUUUUUAAAUUCAGACGUUUGUUAAUUAGUAGGAAGAAUGCAUAAAAGAAACGAUUAAUUGAUUAAUCUUAUGUGUAAUAUGCAUGUCGUCACUGUGAUACUGUUUGUUCGUGUAUAUCCUGAAUAUUUUAAACGAUAGGGUAUCUUUUACGAUUAUUAGAAUCUCGCAAUUCCGUUCAGAGAUAUUAAUUUGAAACGCGAAAUUUGCUUCAACUAAAAUUAGUACCUGUUUAAUGAAAUAACUUUUUAAUGUGCCUAAAAAGAUAGAAUUUUUGAAAAAUUUUAAUCGAUAGAAUGGAAAAAGACAUUUUACAUAGAAGAGCUAAUUAUAACUAAGCAAUUGCGUAUAUAUAUAUAUAUAUAUAUAUAAUAUAGUGUUAAAAGUUAUUUGAUGUUAAAAUAUCGUUACAAUAGAUAGAGAAGUAUUAGUAUCUAAUUAAUGUACGAGUACAUGAUUAUUUUAAGUAUUUUUUUUUUUUUUUUAACCGAUAGAUGAAAAUGAUAUAGUUAACGAUUCAGAGCAUUAACGAAUUCAUGUGCCUCUAAAUAAUAUAAGUACAGGGUCACUAUAUAUAUUAUAAAUAUCGUAAAACGUAAGUAUGAAGACGCUUAAAUAUUUCUAUGUAACUUCGUAAAAAACAAGAUCUCUGCUAUUGAUAUUAAUAACAUAGUUAUAAUUAAUCGUUGGACGUAAUCGUUACUAAAAAAUUUCUAAAAAUUUUAUCACUCUUGAAUGUAAUUUUUUUUUGUCUAAUUAAAGUUUUCAAUGUUAUUAGACAGUUUUGUAUUAACCAUUUUGAAAUAAUAUUUCUUCUUUUGUUUUUACAUAUUAAUAAUCUGUAUUUAAUUAUAUUAAAACAAAAAGAUAUGUUCGUAUAAUUAUUUUUAAUAAUAAAUUCUAAUAUUUAUCGUUGAGUUUAACAAAUUUUAAUUAUCUUUCGAAAUGUAGUUUUAAAUUAUUGUUUGUAUAAUUUUGAUGUUGAAUAAUUGACAUAAGAAUUGAAA